UUGAACAUUGUAGAUAACCAUUGAGUUUACUUCCUUUACAGCAUGUCCAAUUCCCAGUUGUUCUUCUUCUUCCUCCUCCUCCUCCUCCUCCUCGUUGGCUUCUUCAAUUUCUCUCAUGCUGACGUGGGCACUGCCAGCCUGUACAAUCCACCUUAUACACCCACCGCAUGUUACGGCAGUGACGCUUCGCAGUUCACAUCGAGCAACCUGUUUGCGGCUGCCGGAGAGGGGAUAUGGGACAAUGGCGCCGCCUGUGGACGGCAGUACUUGGUUAGAUGCAUCAGCGCCGCCGUGCCCAACACUUGCAUUCCGGGCCAGACAAUUCAAGUCAAGAUAGUUGAUCGGGCUCAAACUUCGGUUUCUCGACCCACCAGAGAAGGAGUCACCAUAGUACUAUCAAAUACAGCGUUUGGUACAAUUGGAAAUCCGCCAGCAACUUCCAUGAACAUUGAAAUUCAACAGGUUUGAGAUGGAUAUGGAAAGUUCGUGAAGAAGCUGAAUUGGUUAGCAAAUGAUUAAUUUUGAGUACUUAAUUGUCUUUGUCUUCCUUUAAUUGCAGUAAUUUUGUUUUAAAAUAAUUUUGUAUACAAGAAAAGAUGGUAGGGGUCUAGACACCCUACGUUACAAAACUUUUAGUCAGUGCGACAAUUAUUUUGGAAUUGUGAGAAA